CACACGUGAUCGGUCACGUGCUGCUUCAGAAGAAGGAACAGCUUUCCUGCCAGCAGCCCGGUGGAAGUGUCCCAGCAGAACAGGUUGGCCUCGGCCUGGAGGAGAGGCCUCUAUUGCUGGGUCCCCUCACACAUCUGUCGGUAAAAAUGUCAGCCAGGAACCCCGGAACUGACCUCGACCUAGAAUGGUUGUCCAAAGUGAGGGUGAACACUCAGGCUGUGCUGAACAGGGCUCUGCACAUCCAAGGUCUGAAGCUCCCCAAGAAGCAGUGGCAGACGGCCUGGCUGCUGAAGGCGGCUUCAUGUAUCGAUUUGACGACGCUGGCUGGAGAUGACACGCCGUCCAACGUUCAUCGCCUGUGUGUGAAAGCCAUCCAGCCAAUCAGAUAUGAUCUGCUCAGGAGGAUGGACAUGCAUGACAAAGGGUUAACCACAGCAGCAGUGUGUGUGUAUCCCUCUCGGGUGGCCGAUGCUGUCAGAUCACUAAAGGCAUCUAACUCCAGCCUGCCUGUUGCCUCAGUUGCCACUGGUUUUCCAGCUGGGCAAACACCUCUGGAGACCCGGCUGCAGGAGGUCCGUAUGGCGGUGAGAGACGGCGCUACAGAGAUCGAUAUCGUUAUCAACAGGACACUGGCUCUGACAGGACAGUGGGAAGUCAUGUACAGAGAGAUUGUCCAGUUUCGAGAGGCUUGUGGUGACGCCCACAUGAAGACCAUUCUGGCUACUGGAGACCUGGGAACCUUGACCAACAUCUACAAAGCCAGCAUGGUGGCCAUGAUGGCAGGUUCAGACUUCAUCAAGACCUCUACCGGGAAGGAGGCCGUCAAUGCUACUUAUCCUGUUGCCAUAGUGAUGGUGAGAGCUAUCCGUGACUACUUCUUGCGCACUGGCCACAAGGUGGGCUUUAAGCCAGCAGGGGGAAUCCGGACAGCCCAGGAAGCCCUGGUGUGGCUCACGCUGAUCAAAGAAGAGCUUGGUAACGAUUGGCUCCGCCCACAUCUGUUCCGCCUGGGAGCUAGCAGCCUAUUGGCUGACAUCGAGAGACAGGUGUACCACCAUGUGACGGGGCAGUAUGCAGCUUAUCAUGAGCUGCCCAUGGCCUGAACAUGGCCUGAAGCAACUUCUGUUCUUCAGAAGUUAUGAAGGAAACAUCCAGUCAUGUCUGUUUUGAAUUCAAGACAAGUGUUUUUUAGACAAUAACUUGUGAUGAGUUACCAAAACUUAAUAAAUCUUUCAUUUUAGUUCUGA